CAACAGGCGACUCAAUAAAGUCUCUGCGGAAGCAUGGCGGUGGACAUGAGAUUACCUGCUAUUUUGAAACAAAUAUCUCUUUCUGGUUCAAAAAAUGCAGCAUCUACUCUUGUGGUUCCUGGAGAUGUUAUUACCACAGACACUGGUUUCAUGCGGGGACAUGGGACGUACUUGGAUGAAGACAAGCUGACGGCCUCUGUAGCUGGGGAAGUCGAACGGGUAAACAAGCUCAUUUGUGUUCGCCCUCUAAAGACAAGGUAUAACGGUGAAGUGGGUGAUGUAGUGGUUGGAAGGGUUGUAGAGGUGCAGCAGAAGCGAUGGAAGGUGGAGACCAGCUCUCGCCUGGACUCUGUGCUGCUGCUGUCUUCAGUCAACCUUCCUGGGGGGGAGCUGAGGCGGAGAUCGGCGGAAGACGAGCUGUCCAUGAGGGACUACUUGCAGGAAGGAGACCUCAUCAGUGCUGAGGUGCAGGCUGUCUACUCUGAUGGCUCUCUCUCUCUCCACACACGCAGCUUGAAGUACGGAAAGCUGGGUCAGGGUGUCGUGGUGCAAGUGUCACCUUCUCUGGUGAAGAGGCAGAAGACUCACUUCCACAACCUGCCCUGCGGAGCCUCCAUCAUCCUGGGCAACAACGGCUACAUCUGGCUGUUCCCCACCCCUCCACAGCAGGAUGAGGACGUGGGCGGCUACUACACCAGCACAGAGCCCGUGGCCCUGUCUGACAGAGAGGUGAUCUCUCGGCUGAGGAACUGCAUCCUGGCUCUGGCCGCGCACAAGGUCCUGCUGUUUGACACCAGCGUUCUCUACUGCUACGAGUCCUCGCUCUCACACCAGAUAAAAGACAUCCUGAAACCAGAGGUCACCGAGGAGGUUGUCCUACUGACCAGGCACCGACUGGCAGACCAGGAGGGUUGAACCCAGUGCUCCCAGACAUUCUAGAAUGGGGCGGCAUACUGUAGUCUGGAAUCUUUGGUUUAGACUUGAUGUGUCCCUCGAUGCAACUUUUGAGCAUCAUUUACUGUGGAUGACUAAUGACAGAUAUUUCAUUAUGUUUUAUCUAUUUAGUGUAAAAUAACUUGCAUGCAAGCACAGCUUUCAUCAUUGUUAUUUUUUUCAUAUUGCAGCAAAACAGACUUUAAAGUAUACUGUCAUUCUGUGAAGGACAGUGACUAAUAACUUUUGUAUGUAGUCUACUCUUGUAUAAAACACAAAUAAAUAAGGGGUGAUCCCUGUCCAAAGUA